AUGUCCUUCUCUCUGUCCUUCUUCCUGACUGAUUCCCCAUGCACAGGGCUUCCAGCUCCCCCAGAAGACAUGCUCUCUUCUUUGGAGCAGAAGGAAGCCCCAUGGAUGCUGAAGCAAGAAGGCCUGAGGAGCUGCUGCCCAGGAGAGGUCAGAUCUGAAAUGAAGGCGAAUCCAACAGUGAUGAGCUUUCCUGUGGAAGACUUGGACCUACAAAGAUUCAUGAGUGAUGGUCUUGUUAACUUUGCUUCCAGAGAAUUCUGUAUUGCACCUCAAAAUUCAUCUCAUAUUGAACAUCAAAGAAUGCACAAUGAGGAAAAAUCUAGUGGAAAUGAGUGUGGAAAGCCUUUUAUGUAUAGGUGUGGAAAGACAUUCAGUCAGAGAUCCCAUCUCAGUCUACAUCAGAGAAUCCACACUGGGGAGAAACCUUAUGAAUGCAAGCAGUGUAUAAAGACAUUCAGUCAGAGAACCCAUCUUAUUCUGCAUCAGAGAAUCCACACUGGGGAGAAACCUUAUGAAUGCAAGCACUGUGGAAAGACUUUCAGUCGGAACUCCAAUCUUGCUGUACAUGAGAGAAUUCACACUGGGGAAAAACCUUAUGAAUGUAAGCAAUGUGGAAAGUCAUUCCAUCGGAGCUGUGAUCUUGCAGUACAUCAUAGAAUCCAUACUGGGGAGAAACCUUAUGAAUGCAAGCAAUGUGGAAAGACAUUCCAUCAGAGCUCCGAUCUUGCUGUACAUCAGAGAAUCCACACUGGGGAGAAACCUUAUGGAUGCAAGGAAUGUGGAAAGACAUUCCGUCAGAGCUUCAGUCUUUCUGUACAUCAGAGAAUCCACACUGGGGAGAAACCUUAUGAAUGCAACCACUGUGGAAAGACAUUUAGUCAGAGCUCCACUCUUUCUGUACAUCAGAGAAUCCACACUAGGGUAAAACCUUAUGAAUGCAAGCAGUGUGGAAAAACAUUUUUUCAUAGCUCCAGUUUCACUGUACAUCAGAGAAUCCACACUAAGGAAAAGCCUUAUGAAUGCAAGCAGUGUGAAAAAACAUUCCAUCAAAGCUCCAAUCUUGCUGCACAUCAGAAAAUCCAUACUGGCGAGAAACCUUAUGAAUGCAAGCCAUGUGGGAAAGCAUUUAGUUCCCGAUCCAGCCUUGCUGUACAUCAGAGAAUUCAUACUGGCAAGGAACUUUAUGAAUGUAAACAGUGUGGAAAGACAUUCUGUCAUAACUCCAGACUUGCUGUCCAUCAGAGAAUCCACACUGGGGAGAAACCUUAUGAAUGCAACCAUUGUGGAAAGGCAUUCAGUCAGAGAUCCCAUCUUAGUCUUCAUCAGAGAAUCCACACUGGGGAGAAACCUUACGAAUGCAAAAAAUGUGGAAAGACAUUCCAUCGGAGCUCCAACCUUGCUGUACAUCAGAGAAUCCAUACUGGGGAGAAACCUUAUGAAUGUAAGCAGUGUGGAAAGACAUUCUGUCAGAACUCCAAACUUGUAGUCCAUCAGAGAAUUCACACUGGGGAGAAACCUUAUGAAUGCAGGCAGUGUGGAAAGACAUUCAGUCAGAACUCCAAUCUUGCUGUACAUCAGAGAAUCCAUACUGGGGAGAAACCUUAUGAAUGCAUGCAGUGUGGAAAGACAUUCUCUUGGAACUCUGAUCUUGCUGUACAUCAGAGAAUCCAUACUGGGGAGAAACCUUAUGAAUGCAAUCAGUGUGGAAAGACAUUCAGUCAGAGAUCCCAUCUUGCUGUACAUCAGAGAAUCCACACUGGGGAGAAACCUUAUGAAUGUAAUCAAUGUGGAAAGACAUUCACAAAUAACUCCAAUCUCGCUGUACAUCAGAGAAUCCACACUGGAGAGAAACCUUAUGAAUGCAAGCAAUGUGGAAAGGAUUUCAUCGUGAGCUCCAGUCUUGCUACACAUCAGAGAAUCCACAGUGGGGAGAGACCUUAUGAAUGCAACCAAUGUGGAAAGACAUUCAGCCUGAGUUCCCGUCUUGCUGUACAUCAGAGAAUCCACACUGGGGAGAAACCUUAUGAAUGCAAUCAGUGUGGAAAAACAUUCACAAAUAACUCCAACCUUGUUGUACAUCAGAGAGUUCACACUGGGGAGAAACCUUAUGAAUGCAAACAAUGUGGAAAGACAUACAGUCACAUCUCUGAACUUGCUAUACAUCAGAGAGUCCACACUGGGGAGAAACCUUAUGAAUGCAAUCAUUGUGGAAAGACAUUCAUUGUGAGCUCCAGUCUUGCUACACAUCAGAGAAUCCACACUGGGGAGAAACCUUAUGAAUGCAAGCAAUGUGGAAAGACAUUCAGUCAGAGCUCCCAUCUUGCUGUACAUCGGAGAAUCCACACUGGGGAGAAACCUUAUGAAUGCAAGCAAUGUGGAAAGACAUUUAUAAAUACCUCUAAUCUUGCUGUACAUCAGAGAAUCCAUUCUGGGGAGAAACCUUAUGAAUGCAGUCAAUGUGGAAAGACAUUCAGUCGGAGCUCCCAUCUUGCUGUACAUCAGAGAAUCCACACUGGGGAGAAACCUUAUGAAUGCAAUCAGUGUGGAAAGACAUUCACAGAUAACUCCAAUCUAGCUUUACUUUGUCAUCUUGUUCUACAUCAGAGAAUCCACUCUGGUGAGAGACCUUAUGAAUGCAAGCAGUGUGGGAAGAUAUUUAAUCAGAGGUCUCAUCUUACUGUACAUCAGAGAAUCCACACUGGGAAGAAACCUUAUGAAUGCAACCAAUGUGGAAAGACAUUCACAGAUAACUCCAAACUUGCUGUACAUCAGAGAAUCCACACUGGGGAGAAACCUUAUGAAUGCAACCAAUGUGGAAAGACUUUCAGACUGAGUUCCUGUCUUGCUGUACAUCAGAGAAUCCACACUGGAGAGAAACCUUAUGAAUGCAAACAGUGUGGAAAGACAUUCAGUCAGAGAUGCCACCUUGCUGUACAUCAGAGAGUCCAUACUGGUGAGAGACCUUAUGAAUGCAGCCAAUGUGGAAAGACAUUCACAGAUAAUUCCAAACUUGCUGUACAUCAGAGAAUCCACACUGGGGAGAAACCUUAUGGAUGCAAUCAAUGUGGAAAGACAUUCAGUCGGAACUCUAGGCUUGCUGAACAUCAGAGAAUCCACACUGGGGAGAAACCUUUUGAAUGCAAUCAGUGUGAAAAGACAUUCAGUCGGAGCUCCCAUCUUAUUGAACAUCAGAGAAUCCACACUGGGGAAAAACCUUAUGAAUGCAAUCAGUGUGGAAAGACAUUCAGUCAGAGUGCCAAUCUUGCUGUACAUCAGAGAAUCCACAGUGGGGAGAAACCUUAUGAAUGCAAACUCUGUGGAAAUAUGUUCACAUGUAGCUCCAAUCUUGCUCAACAUCAAAGAAUACACACUGGGGAGAAAUUUUAA